CUACAGAUCUGAUCUCGGAUUGGAUCAUACAUAUUUCUGCUGAAUUAAAGAUGCACUACCCAAGCCCUUCGUGGUCCCGUCAGGACAAACAUGUCCUAAAACCCACACCCCUCAAGGCCCAGAGCCCAGAGGGAAAAGAAAACACUCAAAACAUGAAUCGCCUCAUAAACCAUUUCCCCUCUUCCCAUUCCUGCUUACGCGCGCAUCUGUAACUAACACCUGACGAAAUUCCCCAGCUUCCAAUUCGACUAGCGGCGCCUCUUGAUCAAAUUCACCCCGUCUCAUUGGGGGGAAACCACGCAUCCAUCACACCUGCCUACCCUACCCAACACAACACGUACCCCAUAUUCUCCUUCCCCCGUCGCAUCGUCGGUUUUCCUCUCGGACGCCGCACAUCAACCGAAAACCUAUCCUCGGUUGAAAGUUUAGAAGGUGCAAAACCACACCCCAAGCACCUUCCUGAACCCGACCUCCACGCUCCACUUCCGACCCCAAACCAACCGCUUGCCGUCCGUGUUGCAGUUACACCCCGCGCUGGGCACUUGCACUUGCAGUUUGUAACGACUAGACUAGCGACUCAAGGAAAGGAAAGUCCCAAGUCGAGCCAAACUUCCGGCGACGAUUCCCGACUCCAGUUCCCGUACCUGGCUGCCUUACCGUACCCAGAUCCUUUUUAUACCUCUUUUAUAAACUCCCAACUUCUCCCUCUUCUUUUUUUCCGCCCAUCAUGCCCGCCGCUGUCUUCGCCUCUUCCGUUCAGCGAUCUCUUCUCUCGUCUUCGCUGCGCCGUGUCGCUGUUAGUUCAUCCGCCAUCCGCCCUGUCCGAGCUUCCUUCGGUGCCAUCCAAACCAUCUCUCCCUUCGCCGUCCGCACAAUGGCUUCCCACCAGAAGAUCAAGGUCAAGAACCCUGUCGUCGAGCUCGACGGCGAUGAGAUGACCCGCAUCAUCUGGCAGGUCAUCAAGGAUAAGCUCAUCCUUCCUUACCUCGACAUCGACCUCAAGUACUAUGAUCUUGGUCUUGAGUACCGUGAUGAGACCAACGAUCAGGUCACCAUCGAUGCCGCCGAGGCUAUCAAGAAGUACUCCGUCGGUGUCAAGUGUGCUACCAUCACCCCCGAUGAGGCUCGUGUCGAGGAGUUCAAGCUGAAGCAGAUGUGGCUUUCCCCCAACGGAACCAUCCGAAAUGCCCUUGGUGGUACCGUCUUCCGUGAGCCCAUUGUCAUCCCCCGCAUUCCCCGUCUUGUUCCUGGAUGGAAGAAGCCCAUCAUCAUUGGCCGUCACGCCUUUGGUGACCAGUACCGCGCCAAGGAUGCUGUCCUGCCCGGCCCUGGUAAGCUCUCCAUGGUUUACACCCCCGAGGGUGGCCAGCCUCAAGAGAUUGAGGUCUUCCAGUUCAAGAACGGCGGUGGUGUCGCUCAGACCCAGUACAACACCGACGAGUCCAUCACUGGUUUCGCUCACGCUUCCUUCAAGCUGGCUCUUGACAAGGAGCUCCCUCUCUACAUGAGCACCAAGAACACCAUCCUCAAGAAGUACGAUGGUCGAUUCAAGGAUAUCUUCCAGGAGAUCUACGAGUCCACCUACAAGAAGGACUUCGAGGCCAAGAAGAUCUGGUACGAGCACCGUCUCAUUGAUGACAUGGUCGCCCAGAUGAUCAAGAGCUCUGGCGGUUACAUCAUGGCCCUCAAGAACUACGAUGGUGAUGUCCAGUCCGACAUUGUCGCUCAGGGUUUCGGCUCUCUCGGUCUCAUGACCUCCGUUCUCAUCACCCCUGAUGGCAAGACUUUCGAGUCUGAGGCUGCCCACGGCACUGUCACUCGCCACUACCGUGAGCACCAGAAGGGCAACGAGACCUCCACCAACCCCAUUGCCUCCAUCUUCGCCUGGACCCGUGGUCUCGUCCAGCGUGGCAAGCUCGAUGACACCCCCGAGGUUGUUGCCUUUGCCGAGAGCCUCGAGCAGGCUUGCAUUGACACUGUCGAUAUUGACGGUAUCAUGACCAAGGAUCUUGCCCUUGCCACUGGCAAGUCUGAGCGCAAGGACUAUGUCACCACCAACGAGUACAUGGAUGCCGUUGAGCGCCGCCUCAAGCGAACCCUCAAGGAGAAGCUGUAAACACAUUGCCAUCUGUCGUUUUUCACAGCCUCCCUUUAGCCUCUAAUUCCGCUUCCACCUUCCUGGCCUCUUAUGCCUCCGCAAAGAGUAGCCGCUAUUUCAUGAACUCUUAAAAGAUCGGCGUCGAAUAUGUUGUCACAACCUGAAUAGCAUCUCACAGUCUUGAGAACCACAAGAGCGUCACCUCUUGCGAUCUCUUGGCCACUCACUUCCUAUGAAGAAAGGAAGUUGGCGUCGUCAAGAGCAAUCAUGAACCGGAACCUUCUGCAUAGACACAUGCAGUGGGCUAACGACUUAUGAAAAGCAUUCCUCCAUCGUCAUUGUGGUUGGAUAGGAUGUUGGGUUUUCUGAAUAUGUAAAAGCAAAGAUUUGAAGAGGAGACAGCAUGUAUCAUGCCGCCGAAUAUUGGAAAGCAGAUGCCAUGUAGAAAGCAAGCUUGUUCUUAGCAUAUAGACAAGAUGGGAUACCCAGCUUUAUAGUUUUCUUCACCUAGAUCUUCCCCGGCCAUUCGCCUUGUGACCACUCGUUCCCCAUAGUGCAUUCCUCCUAGUCCUCCUUUAGUCGCGGAUCAAAGGGUGUUAGAGUCAUAAGAUGUGCUCAAAUUGAGCAUAAAGCAAAUCUAUUGGACCUUGAAACAUGUCCCUGGACCUCUUCUCACAUGUACGAUACAACAAUACACAGCUGCUCUUGGUAGAUGCCGCUUCAGACGCCUCUUUUUGUCAUACUGCUUGCUGUCAACCCUCGGUAGUUGUCCGUAGCUAGCGUAACCGACACCCAAUCUCCAAAAUAAUUCCCUGUUUCAGAAAAGCAACAAUAGCAACCAACUCCCUGUUUCCCUUUUCCCCCGUUCCAAAGAAAACAGAUGUGCGUGUUCCUAGCUUCAGCGUCUCUAUGCAGCCCCAUGGCGGGGAAUGCCUCGGCUUAAGCCCGCACGUGUAUAUAAAAAUGAAAAGAAUCGUAUAAAAAGGCUGACAUCAAAGACUGACAAGUACAGAGGAUAAACACACCCGUAGGCCCGGGUUGACCCGAUCGAGAUGGCCUCGGUUGGCCGGAAGAAAAACCGCGGUUGUCGAGGCAUGCUAUUCUGAUGCCGGGGAUUUUCGCAUACAUACGGAUUCUGUCCGUAGGGCUCUGUUCUUCGAUUUCGAUAUGUAGUAAUACAAUUUUGCAAGCUUUGACCAUACAGUCGAGAGCGGCUACUCUCGCUCUAACAAUAGCACCCUUUAUUGCAAGGUUGCGUGUCUGGACACAGACGUAUCUGAUCAGCCCUAUGCCGGGCCUAUUCAGCAGAAGCUAGAGGCGCCUCCUUGUCCUUCUUGGACUUGCGUGCGCUUGGUGUUCCUUCUGCUGCUUCGCUCUUACGCUUCUUCUUCGUUGGCCUCGUUGAUGAGCCACGAGGCUUGUAUCCCGUGUCGUCUUCUGCGUUUCUCUUGCGCUUGCCCCUCACAGCAGGUGUUGAGGCGAGCUCCUGAUCCUCAUCCAUGCUGGCGUCCACAUCACGAUCUGCGGCUGCUGCUGAGCGAGCUGCAGCACUGACGCGCUUGCCCCUUGUGCUGGCUCUUCCACCGCGCUCACCUCGUGAUCCACGCGUCUUACGCCCGCCGGUAUGGCCACCUUCAGCAUCGUCUGCGUCUCCAUGUGCUUCUCCGUCCUGGAGGAAAAUCUUGGGGGCAUGUUUGCGCAGCCAAUUUGUCACACUUGUAGGAUUCUUGAGAUGGGGAUGUGAUUGAUGGUGGUUACCAGGAUGAGCGCGGGGAGCGAGUGUAGGAAGCAUAUUCUCAGGGUUGAGGGCCAUGUCGAUUUCGUAGAUGUAGUUGUCGAUGUCAUCGGCAGAUAAGAAAUCGGCAGGAUAAGUUUCGCCAUCGACAGCCUUAAGAU